AGCAUUGCAGUGGAGAACGAACCCGACCUAGCGGUCUUUGACAGUAAUACCACAGAUAUGGCAGCUGCGGUUUUGCAGUUUGAGAGACAAUCUGACAAUAACGAAACAAUUGGUAACACGAAACCUUACAAAAACAACCACCUUACUUUUGACGAUGCAAUACGUAUCCAUUUAGAACUAUAAGCAAUGGAGUAGUUUUUUCUAUAAGCAAUUCAUAGUUUAAGACACUUUUAUUCUGAUUGAAUAUUGAACUACUACUACAAUAAAUUCUAACGAUUCUACUUUUCCGAUUUGACCGAUUACUUCCCGACGCUCCCUUGACGUGGAGCAGCGUCAUUGCGGAAGUAGCUAAGUCUACGUGGGGAAGGAAGGUUGGCUUGUUCGUGUUUGAACUAAACUCUGCCUAAAACACGAUAAAUGUGCAACCUACGGAACCUACAAUAACCCUACCGCGCAUCGCGGAACCUACAACCUCCCCGCCCGCUAGCUGAAUGGCCUUGUACCGCCAGGGCGUGUAGAUCCGAUGGGAGGGAUAGCCGGGUAGUUCCCUGUAAUGCUUCGGUGGCUGCGGCAGUCUCUAAGGCAGGUGUCUAGACUGAUGGCCCGGAGACCAGUGCUUGUCUGCGGGGCGAUACUGCUGAGCGUCCUGCUACUACUGGCCGUUACAUUUACCUGCAGCCGGGCUAAGAAUGUGGUUGCGUCGGCGCGUCCCCCGGUGAGGUUCUUCUCUGCCGAGGCCCCUGUAGUGGACCUGUACCUGGGUCAGCUGGAGCAGGUGGAGAGGCUGAGGGGCGCGGCAGAGGUGUCCGUCAUCUUCUUCUACGCUCCCUGGUGUGCUCACUCCAUCGCCGCUCGCCACGAGGUCCAGGAGGUCGCCCGGAGGCUGGUCAAACAGGUGCAGUUUGUGGCAGUGAACUGUUGGUGGAGCCAGGGGAAAUGCAGGAAACAGAAGAGCUUCUACCAAUACCCUGUCAUCCACCUGUUCUACAAGAGGUUUGGCCCUAUAGAGUACAAGGGUCCGUUCCUGGCUUCCUAUGUAGAGAGGUUCAUCCUGAGAGUCAUCACCCCACUGACCUACCUACCAUCACGAGCCACACUACAAGACUUCCUGUCUUAUCAUGAGCCGGGGGUAGUGGGUUAUUUUCAGUUCAACUCUUCUCCUCAGCCUCCCGGCUACAUCACAUACCUCUCCUCAGCUCUGCAGGCCUUGAAGAGAGACUUCCGUGGUGCGGUGCGUUUCGGGGUGGUGACCAGUAGACAGGUGGCAGAGUCCAUCUCAGUCAGAGAUGACCAGACCGUCUACCUGCACCGACACUUCAACUCCUCAUUGAUUUUCCCUAGUUGGGAGCGUAACUUCACCUCUGAAGGCAUCUGUUCCUGGGUCUUUGAGCACCGCGAGACCGUCCUCCAAUGGCUGGCGCCGACUGGUGCUAAGUCCCGCCUUCUGGAGCAGGAACUGACCAAAGGCCCUGCCCUCCUGCUCUUCCUGCCCCACAAUCCCCUGGGGCCCGGCCCCGACCCGCUGCUGACGCAGAUUGCAGACGUCGCGGUUCGCUACCAUUCCUGUAGCGACUCCCCUCACCACCACCACCACCCCUCUGACCACUACUACUACAGUGGACCCUCCCAGCCUCUGUCCCCCCCUCUCUGCUGCCUCUCAGUGGUUCUGCCCAGGCCACACCCCCUCCCAGGCUCCACCUCCAGGGUUUGUGAGCUUUGUCUCAACCAGUCCAAUCCGGGUCGCUCUCCCCUGUGCACCUUCCCCUCCCAGACAUCAGGUGGCGCUGCCGUGCUCCAGUCCUACAUCAGACGAUGCUGCCUACCUGUUGCUGCGACGGCGACAACGGUUGCCUGUAGUAACAUCCUGAGUAGCUACAGCCCGUCGUCAUGGCACUAUAGUGCCUGUUGUAGAACUCUGGGACAGCUAGGGGUUUCCCUGCUCCCACAGCAGUGGCUAGGGCUAGACAACGAGGGGUUAGGGACACCCCCUCCCUCACCAUCCUCCUCCCAGGACUCCUCCCCGUCCUCCCAGGACCAGGAAGCAGGCGGGAUUAAAGGGUUGAGGUGUCGGACAAAUAAGACGCUCAGGUUCUACAUCCUGGACUCCGCCCUCCACUGGCCGCUGGCGGUGCGUCUCGGGGCGCUAGGCAACAACGAGAUGGGUGGUGGUGGCCUGGGGGAGUUAGGAAAGUUGCUAGGCAACGGGACAGGUGAUGGCGCACAGUCGUUUGCGACCAUCGUGAACCUGAAGGAUGAGGUGCACUACGUUCUGGACCACAGAGGAAACGCUACUGUUACAGAGUCUCUGGAGUUGUUCAUCAGGAACUUUAGCACCUCCCACAGCCCACUGCAGAGACGCCUGGUGGGGAGGAGAGAGGAGGAGGAGAGGCCCCAGAAGAGACCCCUCAUCUCAGAGCUGACCACCACCUCUUUCCUUACUACUGUCAUGGAUCCUCACAGGGAUGUGGUGCUGUUCUACUACAGUCAGUGGUGUGGAUACUGCUCUGUUCUAAACCACGUCAUCAUCCAGCUGGCUAGAAUGUUCCGUGGAAACAGCACCGUCACCAUCGCCAGGGUGAACGUGGCGCGCAACGACCUGCCGUGGGAGUUCAUGGUGGAUCACUUCCCCUCUGUCCUCCUCUUCCCCAGACACAGGUAAGACAGAACACAUACCUGUCCUCCUCUUCCCCA